AGAGCGCCUGCCAGCCAUGACCGGAGCGCCUGCCCUAGCCCUGCUGCUGCUGGGGCAGCUCCUGACGGCCACCUCCGCGCAGAAAGUGGGACCCCGAGGCCCCCCUGGUCCCCAAGGGCCUCCUGGAAAACCCGGCAAGGAUGGCAUUGAUGGAGAAGCUGGCCCUCCAGGUCUGCCUGGCCUUCCAGGACCCAAAGGGACCUCAGGGAAGCCAGGGAAGCCGGGAGAGGCAGGACUGCCAGGACUGCCUGGUGUAGAUGGUCUGACAGGGAGAGAUGGACCCGCAGGACCCAAAGGUGCCCCUGGAGAACGGGGAAGUCUAGGACCCCCAGGGCCACCAGGACUUGGGGGCAAAGGCCUCCCUGGACCUCCUGGAGAGGCAGGAGUGAGUGGCCUCCCAGGUGGGAUUGGUCUACGUGGCCCCCCGGGACCCUCUGGACUUCCAGGACUGCCUGGCCUCCCAGGACCUCCUGGACCUCCUGGAAACCCUGGAGUCCUCCCUGAAGGUGCUACUGAUCUGCAGUGUCCCGCCAUCUGCCCGCCAGGCCCUCCGGGACCCCCAGGAAUGCCGGGGUUCAAGGGGCCUACUGGCUACAAAGGGGAACAAGGAGAAGUUGGCAAAGAUGGUGAGAAGGGUAGUCCUGGCCCCCCCGGGCCUCCUGGAAUCCCAGGCACCGUGGGGCUACAGGGCCCACGAGGAUUAAGAGGACUUCCAGGGCCACUCGGGCCCCCUGGGGACCGGGGUCCCAUUGGGUUUCGGGGCCCCCCUGGGACCCCAGGAGCACCUGGGAAAGUGGGUGACAGGGGUGAAAGGGGACCAGAAGGGUUCCGUGGCCCUAAGGGUGACCUGGGCAGGCCUGGUCCCAAAGGAAUCCCUGGAAUGGCUGGGCCAGGCGGAGAACCAGGCAUGCCAGGCAAGGAUGGCAAAGAUGGUGUGCCGGGACUUGAUGGUGAGAAGGGAGAGGCUGGUCGCAAUGGUGGCCAAGGAGAGAAAGGCCCCAAUGGGCUGCCGGGGCUCCCUGGACGAGCAGGGUCCAAAGGCGAGAAGGGAGAACCGGGUAGAACUGGCGAGCUGGGUGAGGCUGGCCCCUCUGGAGAGCCAGGUAUCCCUGGAGAUGUUGGUGUUCCAGGGGAGCGUGGUGAGGCUGGUCACAGGGGCUCCGUGGGAGCUCUUGGCCCACAAGGUCCUCCUGGUGCUCCUGGCAUCCGUGGCUUUCAGGGACAAAAAGGCAGCACAGGAGACCCUGGCCUUCCGGGCCCCCAAGGCCUACGGGGAGAUGUGGGUGACCGGGUAAGGGUUGUUCUCUUGCACCUCCCUGCUCUAACCAGUCUACAUAGACUCAAGCCAGCAGCAGCCCACUCCUUCCCACGUGGGUGGCAGGGAUGGCAGCACCAACUAUGUGGACAGGGUCCAGGAGGUGCCACAGGCCCUAAGGGAGACCAGGGCAUUGCAGGUUCCGAUGGUCUUCCAGGGGACAAAGGCGAGCUGGGUCCUAAUGGCCCCGUUGGACAAAAAGGAGAGUCUGGCAGCCGAGGGGAACUGGGCCCCAAAGGCAUCCAGGGCCCCAAUGGCACCAGUGGAGUCCAGGGUGUACCUGGUCCCCCAGGUCCACUGGGCCUCCAAGGUGUGCAGGGUGUCCCAGGCAUCACCGGGAAGCCUGGAGUUCCGGGCAAGGAAGCCAGUGAACAGCGCAUCAGGGAGCUAUGCGGGGGUAUGAUCAGUGAGCAAAUUGCACAGUUGGCUGCACACCUGAGGAAGCCCUUAGCACCAGGCUCCAUCGGCAGGCCUGGUCCAGCUGGCCCCCCAGGCCCUCCAGGCCCUCCAGGCUCUAUUGGCCACCCUGGCGCUCGGGGUCCCCCUGGAUACCGUGGUCCCACUGGGGAACUAGGAGAUCCUGGACCAAGAGGGAGCCAGGGUGACAGAGGGGACAAGGGAGCAACAGGUGCAGGGCUGGAUGGGCCUGCUGGGGACCAGGGCUACCAAGGGCCUCAAGGUGUACCUGGCAUCAGCAAAGAUGGUCGAGAUGGUGCUCAUGGUGAGCCUGGCCUUCCCGGUGAUCCUGGCCUUCCUGGAGCUGCUGGUGCUCAGGGUACCCCAGGGAUCUGCGACACUUCAGCCUGCCAAGGAGCUGUGUUAGGGGGAGGUGGGGAAAAGUCGGGUCCUCGGAGCUCAUAAAACAAGGACUUCAGUAGGAAAUGGCUCCAUAUUUCCUACUGAAAUACGAGAGCACUCCAGCAGGCAGCAGGGAUGAGCGGUGUGGCUAUGGACAGAAAUGGACAGUGGCUGGCUACAGUUGGUCCUUCAUGGCCUGCUGCUUGGCCCCAAGAACAUCUAUUGGCAGCACUGUCACUGUCCCAUCUCCAAGAUUUAUGGCAGCCCAAUACCUCAGACACAGGCCUUAGGGAUGGAGACUUUAAACCCAGCAUCUGGGAGGGAUGGUGUUAUCUAAGAGUUUUGUACAAUUCCAUGAGAUAAAAACACUCAAGAGACUUGUUUACAUAACAUUUAUAUAAAGCCUAUGAUAGACUACCAAUAAAGUGAUCUUCUAACCCUUCAGAUUAGUACUGGUUAUAGUGUGAUGAAGGCAAGGAACUUAAUGUCUACUUUGCCUGCUUUCUAUUGCAAACUUAGUAUCUCUGAUGCCUAGUGUUUAUUCAAGGAACUACACUGCACCAUCUGUUAAAAUAAAUAAAGCGACUCACUGGGAACCUUUGUUCCAAACAUACAGUUUAUUACACAUAAAGCACUGCCUCACAAUAUGGAAAUGUGGGCAUUAAAGCAAUGUACUGCGAAAAUGUUUAUGGGCAAAAGGAGCUUUAAAAGAAGUCUCUGGAAAAUUCUUAGCAAAGUUUUAAAAUGGCACUGCAUUUUCCAAUAGAGUACCAUGAGACUGGAAAUAGGGGGGACAGAACAAAUGAAAUAAAGUUUCCAAACCUCUUCUAGUUAA